AUGGUGACAUUCUCGAUUUGCUUAACGCUGUGCGUAUGGAUACAGGGGGUUACAGGUCAUGGCCGACUUUUAGAGCCCCCGGGUAGGGCCAGUAUGUGGAGGUUUGGCUACAACACUCCCCCAAACUAUGACGACAAUCAACUCUUCUGUGGAGGCUUUAAUCGUCAGUGGAAAAUCAAUGGCGGUAAAUGUGGCGUUUGUGGCGACCCCUGGGAUGGAGCACGUGAACAUGAGGCUGGCGGGAAAUAUGCUACUGGAACUAUUGUCCGCCAUUACAGUGAGGGACAGACGAUCAGUGUGAACGUUCAGAUAACAGCGUCACACAAGGGCUACUUUGAGUUCCGGCUGUGUCCUCACAACAACACCAGUACCCGUGUGUCCCAGGCAUGUCUGGACCAUCACGUUCUGCAACAGACCGACGGCAGCACUCGGGUGUACGAGGCUGGUCAUCCCACCAACUACACAAUCCACCUCAAACUUCCGGCUGGUGUUACGUGCUCACAAUGUCUUCUCCAGUGGAAAUACAACGCAGGAAACUCGUACGGCUGUGACGGAGGUCAUUGCUGUAUCGGUUGUGGGGAACAAGAACAGUUUUACGGUUGUGCUGACGUCAGUGUAGGAUCAAUGGGAUCAUCUUCACCUUCAUCAGGACAAAAUCCACCGUCUUCCUAUCAUCCGGUCAACGUCAUUCCCCAGGGACAAACACAGACAUCAGGCAUUCACUUCUUACUUCCGGCGAUUGCACAACAACAAGGACAAUAUAUUCAGAAUCAUCAACCCGCUGGCUAUGCACCACAGAACACUAAUCACAUCAUAUCCGGUAACCCGUUUUCCGUUGGAAGCGGAAGUCAGACUGAACCGUGUAAAGCUACUCCUCGCUAUCGAGCUAUCUAUCAGUACGCCGACCAGUACUGUGCUGUACAGUGUAGUAGAGGGAACUGUCCGGCUGAACAGUAUUGUACCUCGGCGUGUAGGAAGUCGUCAGGCGGCAAGUGA